GCAGCAGCAGCAACAACAUCAUCAACAAAAACCACCAUCACACAAAUCGAAAUUGAUAUUUGCAAAAUAUUCAAAAACACUCACACUCACACACAGAGGGAAGGACAAAUACAUCAUAGAGCGAACAUAGGCAACGUCAGCGGAGGAGGAGGAGGAGUCGGUGUUGGUAUUGGUGUCGGUAUCGGUGUUAGUGACGUGGUUAGUGGUUGCAUCACUCCAAAGAUACCAUAGAUAAUCAUGGUCAGUACGAAUCUGGUGGUGCCUGUGGUGCUAUGGGGUCCCACAGCGCCGACACAUUGCAUAUCGAGCGUCUUUCUAUCGGAUGAUCAAUGCACACUGGUCACCGGCUGCUACGAUGGGCAGAUCUGUCUGUGGCAAGUGGAGUCAGGCCCAUUAAAGAUGUCACCGCGUUGCCUGCUUGUUGGACACUCAGCGCCUGUGUUGUGCCUGGUGCGUGCCUCCCUGCUACCGGAGAAUAAUUUUCUCGUUAGCUCGUCGGAGAACGGUGAGAUGUGCACCUGGGAUCUGAUCGAUGGCAAAUGCACUGAGGCUGUCAAGUUGCCACAAGUUCAUACACAAAUCCAAAGUUAUCACACGGCCAACAGCGAGGAUGUGCGUCUCUUCUGCAUUGGCUACUAUGCUGAAAUUAUGGUCAUGGAUCCAUUUAGUCUCGAAGUCAUUUAUGUGCUGAGCUCUAAGGUGAAACCGGACUGGAUUUCAGCCAUACACGUGCUACGUCCAAUGCGUCGCAAAGAUGAUGUCGUACUGGCCAUCACCACCACCGGCACUGUCAAGGUCUGGACCUUGACGGGCAAUGAGAACAAGCAUGCGGAGCCCAUAUACGAGAAUGAAUCUAAGGAGAUACGCUGCUUGAAUGCUAUUACCAUGAACUGUUGUGCUCAGAAUCAGCGCACUGUGCUCCUCGUCUGCACCAAAUAUUGGCAGAUCUAUGAUGCUGGCGAUUUUACGGUGCUCUGCUCCGUAAUAGCGCCUGCUCGCGAACGUUGGCAGGGCGGCGAUUUCAUAACCUCUGAUCGUGUUAUGCUAUGGACGGACGAGGGCAAAGGGUAUUUGUAUAAAUUGCCAGCAAAUUGUAUACCGGACAAUAGGGAAUUCCACUCAAAGAGCGUCGUUCGCGAUGCGCCCUAUCUGUACUAUGUGCUGCAGCAUGCCGGCGAUAAGGUGCUCUCCUGUCCGCCAGCGAUGAAACUCUUAAUGGGUCAACAGACACAUUUUUUGCUACGCGGCGAUUCUGAAGGUUAUAUUUCGGUGUGGAACGUACCUGAGGUGCCGUUGGAUAAUAUUAGCAUAUUGCAAGCAAAGCAAAUGCCGCCGCGCAUACAGAAGCCGCAUGUCUGCACCUCGCUAGUGGAGGCCUGGUCGAUAAUGGAUCCUCCGCCCGUGGGCAUACUCGAUCAGCUGUCACGUAUCACCGAGUCCCCGGUGAAGCUCACGUCGAGCAUUUAUCUGCCACAGCAAAGUCGUUUGGUCAUUGGACGCGAGGAUGGUAGCAUUGUCAUUGUGCCGGCCACACAGACGGUUAUGAUGCAAUUGCUCGUAGGCAUUAAGCAGAAUUUCAGUGAUUGGCCAUCUCAUCAGAUACUCUAUGGGCAUCGCGGACGUGUCAAUUGUUUGCUUUGCCCCUCCAUGGUACAUCCACGUUAUGAGAAAUCCCAUUUACUUUCCGGUGGCAUUGAUUUUGCGGUCUGCCUCUGGGAUUUGUAUAGCGGCAGUCUGUUGCACCGUUUCUGUGUCCAUGCGGGAGAGAUAACUCAGCUGCUGGUGCCGCCCGAGAGUUGCAGUCCACGCAUCCUCAAGUGCAUCUGUUCGGUGGCCUCGGAUCAUUCAGUCACCUUGGUUAGUUUACAAGAACGCAAAUGCGUUACGUUGGCCAGUCGGCAUCUAUUUCCGGUUGUGACCAUUAAAUGGCGUCCACUCGAUGAUUUUCUCAUUGUCGGCUGCUCCGAUGGCAGCGUCUAUGUUUGGCAAAUGGAAACGGGUCACUUGGAUCGUGUGCUGCAUGGCAUGUUAGCCGAGGAAGUGCUUUCAGCUUGUGAUGAGCAGGCUUUGGAGGAUGGUGGCAGUGGAGGCGGUGGUUCAUCUGGCACUGCCGCCAAUUCAGCCAGCGAAAUGGGUAUGGCCAACCCGGCAGUGCAUUUCUUCAGAGGACUCAAGUCGCGCAACAUGAAUGCCAUACGGCAUGCCACACAACGUGGCAUCCAUCAGUUGCAACAGCUACAGGGUCACAAUCAAGGCAACUUUGAUUUCCUGAUGAAGCAUCGCAGCAAUCCGCUAGUCAUACAGGGCUUGCGUACCAAUCCCAAGGAUGCGGAGAGCCACAUACUCUUCUUUGACAUCGAGGGAUUGAUAUUUGAGUUGCACAGUGAGGAAUAUGCGCAGAUGACGCCAGCCACGUUGGAGGCGUUGGGUGUGCACCUGCAGAAUCCCAAAGAUGGGAAAUCGAUGCAUAUUGAUGCGAGCAAAAAAAUUGGCGACUUCUUUAGCAAGGUAAAGAAUAAGGCUGUUGAUGUUGAGAAGAUACUUAAGGACAAGGAUAAGCAUGGACUUGUCCAGAAGUUCAAGGAGAAAACCGAAAUUGUAGAGAAAAAGGUGCAGGCCAAGGUGGAGAGCCUGCAGAAGGCCGUGGAGACGCACGAUGAGCAGCCACAAGAUCUGAAGAGUAAGAUUGCAUCCAAAAUGGAGGUCACCCAUGUUAUGGAAGUGGCCCAGCUGCUGCUCUCACUGCUGCAUUCCUGGGGCCUAGAUCCGCAUCUGGACAAAGUCUGCGAAUCGCAAUUAGGCCUACUGCGUCCUAUUGUACCCAUCUCAUACGGUGUUUUGUCCAAAGCAGGCUAUAUGUCAUUACUAUUGCCCACAUGGCAAAAUAACUAUGCCAUACCACCAGGACUACUCCAAUUACCCUCCAGCUCCAAGAAGCGUAUGCUGCCUGAGGAAUUGCAGCGCCUGGAGCAUUUGACAGCCAUUUUCACAUCGCGUCUGCACUGGGAGCUAAGCACCACAUUGACAUCAAAUCAUAUACUGGCAUUGGUGGCCAUGUCCAAUACGCUGAUGUCCAUGAGCGCUGCCUCGUUCCUGCCAGACAGCGAAAAGCAUAAGAAGCUGCAGCGCCUAGCUCAGCGGGCCGAGUCAACGCUAAGCAAUGAAGAGGAGCGCGAAGAGCUGAUCGCUCAUCACACUUCACAGAUCAAACAGGGCUGGAGCCUGUUGUCCACACACCAUUGCUUCCUACUGCCCGAUAAAAUUGAGGCAUUGGAGCCAAAGAAGUUCAAGCGCCCGCAGGUGGAGAUGAUGGUCAAGCGCUGGCAGCACCAUUGCAUCGAGAUACGUGAGGCAGCGCAGCAAAUAUUGCUGGGCGAACUCACUCGUAUGGGCAAAAAAGGACGCAAACAGCUAGUCGAAAGCUGGGCACAGUAUUUGCCGCUCUACACACACACCGAACCUAUUGUGGGUGCUCAGCAAGUGGCGGCUAUGACGAACAACCAGGCGGGCGGAGCCGGAGGUUCUGGUGGGGGUGGUGCUGCUGGUGGUACCAACUCGUCAAUGGGCAACGGAAGCAGCUCGAUGUCGGGCGGUCAGGGCAUGUCGGCUGGUGGCACCGGUGGUGGCUCUAGCGAUCAACAGGAGGAAGACUAUGAGGAGGAGGAGGAGGAGAUCAUACGCAAGCCGUCCAGUCUGUCGGAGCUAAAACGGAAACAGACCACCGCUGUCAUCCUGCUGGGCGUGAUUGGUGCUGAGUUCGGACAGGAUAUUUCACAGGAAUCGCCCAAUCAUCGCGGCAGCAUUAGCCUUGGUCACGCCAGUAGCGAAAGGCGCAAAUCCUCGGUAGUCGAAGGCUUCGGAAUCGCCAACAAUUUGGCUCGACUUACCUCCAUGGCGCUAGCUCAUCUACUGUAUGCACCGCCAUCACCUAAGCUACCACAAUAUACGCCAUUGCGUCGCGCGGCCAUUGAUCUGCUGGGACGUGGCUUUACCGUUUGGGAGCCCUACCUGGAUGUGUCCAAGGUGCUGCUAGGCCUACUGGAGAUAUCCUGUGAGGGCAAGGCGGUGCCAAAUCUGAACUAUAAAUUACCAUUGACACCACAGGCCGAUGCCUGUCGCACCGCCCGCCAUGCACUGCGUCUGAUUGCCACAGCACGGCCAGCGGCAUUUAUUACGACAAUGGCCAGAGAGGUGGCUCGAUAUAAUACGAUGCAACAGAAUGCCCAGUCGAUCAAUACACCUUUGACACAAUCAGUUCUGUACAAGGCCAAGAGCGAAAUAUUACAAUGCGUUGAGAUGUUGAUCGAUAAGAUGCAAUCGGAGAUAGCGGGUCUAUUAGUGGAAGUGAUGGACAUCGCGCUUCAUUGCGUUGAUAGCAAUGAGCUAAAGGGACGCGGCUUGGCCGAGCUAUGCCCGGUUAUAUGUAAAUUCAAUCAAAUUUCGCAUUGCGGCCAAACGCGACGGAUCGCUGUUGGUGCCAAUAGCGGAAAUUUGGCCAUAUACGAACUGAGGCAGAACAAGUGCCAAAUGAUUCCUGCCCAUACGCAUCCGAUCACUUCGUUGGCCUUCUCGCCAGAUGGCAAAUACCUGGUGUCCUAUUCGUGUGCCGAGAAUCGCUUGUCCUUCUGGCAGACAAGCACCGGCAUGUUUGGCCUAGGUCAAUCGCAGACGCGCUGCACCAAGGGCUAUUCCACGGCUCCUAUACCGGAUGUCUCGCGGCUCAAUCCGAUGCGUUUGGCUAAGCUCGUCUGGAUUAAUAAUCGAACCGUGACGUUGAUGUUGGCCGAUGGCUCGGAGACGCGUUUCAAUGUUUAAAAUUGAAACGCGAGCGAUCAACGAGUUUCAUUCAAAACAACUAUCGAUAGCGGCUUAUCGAUAAAUAAACA